AGGCUCCCACAUGGGCUGGACCGCAGGCUCUCAGCUGGGCUGGUCGGCAGGCUCCUGGCUAGGCUGGAAGACAGGCUCCCCACUGGGCUGGAACGCAGGCUCCCAGCUGGGCUGGUCGGCAGGCUCCUGGCUAGGCUGGAAGGCAGGCUCCCCACUGGGCUGGAAGGCAGGCUCCUGGCUAGGCUGGAAGGCAGGCUCCCUGCUGGGCUAGAAGGCAGGCCGCCUUGGGCUUUCACUCAUUGAUGGGCCUGAUCGGUUGGGCCGGAACGAGCUCUGGAUCACUGGGUUUGGGCCUGUUAGUCCAAGUCCGGAGCCAGGGCCGAUUAGGCUCUGGGCCUAGUCCCAUAACCCCAUCAACUAAGUUUGAUGACUGGAGGAUUCGCAUGAAAGCUCACCUCUGCGCACUCCAUGAUGAAAUGUGGGAAGUCCUUGAUGCUGGUCCUUUCACAAAAUUCACCAAGGUCAAUCCUGAAUACAGUGUUGGUGGUGAUAUACCUCAGAUGAUCACCAAAUUGCGUCAUGAGUGGUCUAAUGAAGAGAGGAGGAAAUACAACCUUGAUAACAUUGCCAAGGACAUCCUCUAUAAAUCCAUUGAUGACAAAUACUUCACAAGAAUCAAGAAGUGCACCUCUGCCAAGGAAAUCUGGGAUACACUCACCCUGAUAGGAGCUGGUGAUGAGCAGGAGAAAGAUAACAAACUGACCAUUGCCAUGAAGAAGUUUGAAGACUUAAAACUUCUACCCAAAGAGUGCAUAGCUGAGAUGUAUGCACAUCUGCUCAACCUCACUGCUAAGAUAUCAGAACUUGGGAAGGAGCUUACUCCCAAGGAGAUCAACCUGAAGGUUCUCAGAGGUCUACCUUCACCCUGGAAAAUGAAGGUCACUGCCAUGAGAGACAGCAAAGAGCUCAGAACCUACAGCACUGAGAAGCUCAUCUCUCAUCUCAAAUCUUAUGAGUUCGAGAUGAAUGAAGAAGAGAAAGAAGAAGUGGAGGACAAGACAACCAUUGCCCUCACAGCCAGCACCUCACAGGUAAAUAACUUUGACCCUUCUAUUCUUUUAACUGACGAAUAUAUGGCUGCAUUUGCCAGAAAGUUCAGGAAAUUCUUGAAGCCAAAGGACAACAGAAGUCCAUCCUCAAGCAGAAAGCCACACUAGAAACCUAGAGUAUCAGAAAGUAGUGGAGAGCUUCUCUGCUACAACUGCAGACAACCAGGGCACUUCAAAGCCAACUGUCAACACCCUAUAGUCUCCAAAAGACAAAGCCAAGAAGGAGAGAAGAAGUAUGAGCACAGAAGAAGGAAGGCACUCAUCACUGAGCAACCAGAGAAGGACCCCCUCUCUGAGACAGAGUCCAGCUCAGAAUCAGAAUCCGAUGAGGCAUUCUGUUGCCUAGAUACAGAGACUGAAGACCUAUGUCUUAUGGGUCAAUAUGAUGAUGAGGUAUCCUCUACUUCUAACUCUAGUUUUUCUUCGGUAGGCAAAGCCUUCAAUUCUGAUUCAAUAUCAGAAUUUUGGGAAGAGUUUCAAGCCAUCCAAGCCACUUAUUCCUCUGUUAAAGAAGAAAACAGUAAGCUUAAGGUUGAAAUUCUUGACUUAAGAAAGGAGGUUGAGAUCAAAAUCAAUCUUCUGAUUAAGGAGAGAGAUCGGCUGGAAGCUGAAAAUGUUUCUCUUCUCAAGAGAAUAAGAGAGAUAGAGCCUCUUGAGAUUAAGUAUAAAACCUACCAGAAGGCCCGGGCCUCAAUGGAAAUGUUUGUGCUUGAUCAACAAAUUGGCGUUGGUUUUGGUAUUGGAUAUAGCUCAACAGAAUCAGGUGAGCCUUCCAUAAUGCCUAGCACCAGAGUUGCUAAAGCAGACAAGGUCAUAGUGCCACUGAUUUCUAGCCCCAUUUGCCAAGCUAGUGUAUCUGGUACCAAGGUUGUUCAUGAGAAGGUCAGACCAGAAAAGGAAAAGAUAAAGGUUCAACCAAAACAAGUUUUGAAAACUAACGAACCUGGCAGAAAACCUAACAACAGAAAAGGUGUUCAAAGUAACAGAAAACAAGAACAGAACUCGAUCAGACACUCUCAUGACCACCCUACCAGAAAUGAUCACCAGAGAGGCAAAUAUCAAGAGAAGGUUAACUUUAGGCAGAAAAGGUUGGUUGGUCAACUUAAGAAGCCUAAAGUUAACCGCCCCUCUGCUCUUGAUAGUAUAUGGGACUUCUACCCCAACCAAAAAGGCUAUGCAGAAGUAUGUAAACCGGAAGCAUGAUCCUCACAAGCAUCUGCCCAAAGUGAAUUACACUUCCGUUUACUAUGACUACCAGGUGGACAAUGGGUACCACCCACCAAGGUUUCACUUGAUGAGACCAAAGUGGUACCGGCUGCCAAGACUGCAUGGCCCCCUAGGACCCAACAUUGCUUGGGUACCUAAAUCUUCCUUUUAAUUUUUGUAGGAAUUAUGUGCUGGAGCUAUCUCUGAGCAAGAUUGGUACAUUGAUAGUGGAUGCUCCAGGCACAUGACAGGUGACAAGAGUUGCCUUACAGAGUUCCAGAAAAUCAAAGGGCCCAAAGUUACCUUUGGUGGUAAUGACAAAGAUGGCCAAACUAAAGGAAGAGGGAAGCUGAUCAGGAACCAAAUAGUCAUUGAUGAUGUCUCAUAUGUCAAAGGCCUGAAAUUCAACCUGCUAAGUGCUAGCCAGUUUUGUGACAAAGACUACCCAGUUGAAUUCUCCUAAGAAGGCUGCUCUGUCAAGCAUGAGACAACUAUGGAAGUAGUUCUGACAGCUACCAGGAAAAGAAACAUCUAUGUUGUUGAUUGGUCUACUGCAAAGGAAGGAAUUUCCCUGUUAGCUAAAGGAGAUUCAAAACUCAGCUGGGAAUGGCACAAGAAGCUGAGUCACUUGAAUUUCAAAACGAUCAACAAACUAGCAAGGUAUCACAUUGUUAAUGGUAUACCUAACAUCGUGUACAAGAAGGAGAAUCUGUGCAGUGCAUGCCAGAAAGGAAAGCAAGUGAAGAACUCCUUCAAACCCAUUGCUGGAGACCUCUCUACUAGUCAUUUAAAUAUGAUUCACAUGGAUUUAUUUGGACCAGUAGAAACUCAAAGUGUUGGUGGAUGACUAUUCAAGAUACACUUGGACAAUCUUUCUGAAGAAGAAAAAUGAAACUCUGCAGAAACUACCAUCUCUGCUGAAACUACUACAGAAUGAGCUAAAUCAGAAAGUCAAAUCUAUCAGAUCAAAUAGAGGAACAGAGUUUGUCAACAAAGUCAUACAAGAGUUCUGUGACCAAAAUGGAACAAUGCACCAACUCUCUGCAGCAAGAACUCCUCAACAGAAUGGAGUUGCAGAAAGAAGAAAUAGAACACUCAAGGAAGCUGCAAGGACCAUGAUUGCUGAAUCUGGUCUACCUCACAGAUACUGGGCUGAAGCAAUCAACACUGCUUGCUACACCCAGAACCGGAGCAUGAUUCACAAAACUCAUCAGAAGACCCCCUAUGAGCUCUGGAAAGGAAGGAAACCCAACAUCAGCUACUUUCAUGCAUUUGGAGGCAAAUGCUUUAUACUCAAUAAUGGAAAGGAACAUCUCAAAGUGUUCCAAGAGAAAGCUGAUGAAGGAAUAUUCUUAGGCUACUCAGGCACAAGCAAAGCCUACAGAAUACUCAACAAAAGGACCCUACUUGUUGAAGAAUCGAUUCAUGUCAAGUUUGAUGAUCUCAACUUUGUUGAGAACAUAACGGAGAACUUGGAGAAAACGAAUCUAGAAAGAAUCACCAGAAGUGGUAACAUCAGAGUUGGUCACCAACUCUGCCAUACCAAUUCAUCAUCAGAAUCCCAUUCUGCAAGACAAGGAUAGUGAUGAAGAACCUGAAGAAGAGCAAGAGAGACCAAGGCAACCCUUAUCAGAACCUCACCUAACUUGGUUAAGGGAUCAUCCUCCAAACCAGGUGAUUGGACAUAUCAGAAGUGGCGUACAAACCAGAUCUGCUACAACCAGAAGAGAAGCAAUGUGUGCAUGCUAUAUCUCCCAAAUGGAACCUAUGACAGUAGAAGAAGCUCUUGCAGACUCAGAUUGGAUCAAUGCAAUGCAAGAAGAGCUCACUCAGUUUGAAAGGAACAAAGUGUGGGAACUUGUUCCUAGACCUCAACAUCAGAAUGUCAUUGGAACCAAGUGGGUAUUCAAGAACAAAGCAGAUGAAGAAGGCAAUAUUGUAAGGAAUAAGGCUAGGCUGGUAGCCAAGGGAUACUGUCAAGAAGAAAGAAUAGAUUUUGAUGAGACAUUUGCACCAGUUGCCAGACUUGAAGCCAUCAGAAUCUUCCUAGCCUAUGCUGCCUUCAACAACAUCAAGGUCUAUCAGAUGGAUGUCAAGAGUGCAUUUCUGAAUGGAGAUCUUGAAAAAGAAGUGUAUGUGGAACAACCACCAGGUUUUGUCAUUCCUACUCAAUAUUCCUGUGUCUACAAGCUUAAAAAGGCUCUUUAUGGUCUUAAGCAAGCUCCCAGAGCAUGGUAUGACACAUUGUCCCUAUUCCUAGUGAACCAUGGGUUUACUAAGGGAAAGGUUGACAAAACUCUAUUUCAAAUCUCUGUUGCUAAUCAUAUUCUGCUAGUACAAAUAUAUGUUGAUGAUAUCAUAUUUGGUAGUACUAAUCCACAACUGUGCAAGAAAUUUUCUCAAGUAAUGCAGAGUUAAUUUGAAAUGAGUAUGAUGGGAGAACUGAGCUACUUCCUAGGACUUCAAGUAAAACAAGUUCUAGAAGGAAUCUUCAUAAACCAAGGGAAGUACACAAGAGACCUGAUCAAGAAGUUUGGAGUGGAAGGCAAAUCCUCAGUGAAGAUUCCCAUGAACACCUCACAAGGAAUUGGUCCAGAUGAUGAAGGAAAAGAUGUCGAUGCAACAACCUACAGAGGAAUCAUAUGAUCUCUCCUCUAUCUAGCUGCAAGCAGACCGGGUAUCUCAUUCUCUGUUGGAAUCUGUGCCUGAUACCAAUCAAAGCCCAAGGAGAGCCAUCUAAGCGCUGCUAAAAGAAUCAUCAUAUAUAUCAAAGGAAAUCCAAAUGCAGGCCUAUGGUAUCCCAAGGGAGGUAACUUUGAACUAAUUGGUUACUCUGACUCAGAUUUUGCAGGUUAGACAGGAAGAGCACCUCUGGUCACUGCCAAAUGCUAGGUGGGAGACUUGUCUCCUGGUUUAGCAAGAAGCAGAACUCAAUCUCUACAAGUACAGCAGAAGUUGAGUACAUUGCAGCUGGGAGUUGCUGUGCUCAGUUACUCUGGAUGAAGCAACAACUGAAGGAUUAUGGCAUUCAAGCAAAGGAGAUCAAGCUGCUCUGUAACAACACCAGUGUCAUUGCAAUCACUCAGAAUCCAGUGCUUCAUUGCAGGACAAAUCACAUUGAGAUCAGACAUCACUUCAUCAGAGAUCAUGUGGAGAAGAACCAUAUCUGUAUGGAGCAUGUACCUACAGAAGAUCAGCUAGCGGAUAUUCUAACCAAGCCUUUACCAGAGACAAGGUUUAACAAGCUAAGGGAAGAAGUGGGAAUGAUGGAUGAUCUUCCCAGAGAUGCAUGAACCAGAGUUGCUGUGGACCAGAACUGCUCUCUGGAACAGAGAACCUUACAUCAGAGUACCUCCAUCUCUGAUCAUCAGAGUACCCUUCAUCAGAAAACCCCAUUCUCUGAUACAGGGAUCCCUAUCUGAAGUCCAUCAGAGAUCCUUGUGGACUUAGUUAUUUUUCGAGGAACGGGCAAGACCUCUUAACUUGAACAGGUCUUUUACCAGAUUACCCCUGAUUAUUAUUCCGUUAACAGAAACGUUUUUCCGCCCGCAUUUAUUUAAAUGUUACCUCGAAACCAUAAAUAAUCUCAAACGUCCACUAACCCAAAACCAUUUAUACCCACCUUCUUCAACCUAAACCGCUACUGCUCUUCAUCGUACACUUGCUCUCAAAUCUUCAAACUCCUAAAUCUCCAGAAUCUUUCAGAAAUCCCUCAGAAAAUGAACUUCAUCAACGUCAACGACCUCACCAAGGAGGAAGCCAAGGCUAUUGUUGCCAACGUUGUGACUGGCAUGAAGGUGGACAUGUCAGCACUACCACUACUUGCAGAGAACCAGAAACGGAUGGCAAGAAUCAUCCAAGGGAUGAAUGAGUCUCAACUGAGCAAGAUCGUUUCUCAUCCUUACGAAGAGUUCAACACCAAAGAUGUGGCUGAAUUCUACCUGAAUGCCACCAUCACCAAGAACGAAGUUCACUCCCAGGUGCAGAGAAAGAGCAUCACUCUCAAUGCUGAUGCCCUCAACGAAUUCUUUGGAGUCCAACUGGACUCUCAAGACCCUGAAACCCCUACUCUCAUUGACAUGGAGUUAGUGGAUGUCUCUGUAGAAGCAUUCGCUCAGACCUACUGCCGCCCUGAAGCCGCCAAUCUAGACAGACUGUACAUGAAGAAGUUUUUACUGAAAAAGGACUAUGAGAAGCUGGUCAGCAUCUUGCACAGGAGCUUGUGGUGAAAAACUGGCUCAACUGACGAGAUCAACAAAACUAACUGCAAAGCAAUCUUUGCUGUUCACCAUGGAAUGAAUAUAAACUGGGGCGAGGUAAUUUUCGGUUCUUUAACUGAAUUUAUCAAGAAGAAGGAUCAGAAAAUAGGCCUUUUCUCAACCAAGAUGGGCCAUGGUCUUCUUCUCUCUGCCAUCCUCACUGCCCAUGGAGUUCAACUCAGGGACCCUUCCCCAGUUGACCACUCCAAAACAAUCUUCCUCACUGCAUCUCCCAAGCUAAAUAUAGUCAUCUCUGCUGAAUUGAAAAGAGAGGAAAGGCUAGAGAAAAAGAGGGAACAACAGGCUGUGAAACCCAAACCUGUUCCCAGGAAGACCUCCAAGAAGCCCACUGUGACUUCAGAACAACCUGAGCAGUCGCAGGUUGCAAGGGAUGUCAGGAAGAAGAAGAAUGAUAGGAGGAUUUUACCAGAAGUGGAUGCACCAGAGAUGGGCGCAUCAGAGUUGGCUCCCCCAAAGCCAAUCAGAUCUUCUCCUGCUAAGAAGCAGAAAAUGAAAAGGAGAAGGAAGAUAGUUGUUCAGAGUGAGGACUCUGACAACUCUGGUCUCCAAGCCAUAAAGAAAAAGAAGAAGAAAGCAGUUUCACCUGCAAAGGGAUCAGAAACUCAGGGGGAACCUGAAUCUGCCGCACAACCCUCUUCUGUACCAGACUUGCCCAUCACUGCUGAUCUAUCAGAACCUCAAGUCAUCUCUGACAGAGCACCAGAGACUGACUUCAACACAAUUCUUCAGAAGCAGUUUGAGAGAGUUUUAGCCUGGAGAAGACGGAGGAUGGGGCCACUCCAGAAGAUAAUACAAUAUUUUGACAGCUAUGAGGCAUAAGAAGCCGCAGUUCUUCACUGGGUAGGCACAGAAGAUGUGUCCCAGUGCUUUGAUCUGGCCUUUCUCAUCUCUGUUCUGCAGAAAAAGAAAGAGAAACAUCAAGGUAAAGCACCUUUGACUCCAUCAUCUCCUGAGAAGCAUGUCAAAGCCCUGGAGGAGCAUGAAAUGACAGUCUUUGAUGAGUGGCUGAUUGAAAAGAAGAGGAAGGAAUCUCUUAUCAAAUUUCGCCACAGCGCUCAUGAAGAAGGGGAACCCUCCACUGCAAAUGACUUUCCUCUGGCAAUGGAAAAGCUGAUCAAGGAAUGGAGAGAAUCCUUGUUCUCAGAAACUGUUCUUGAGGUAAUCCCUACACCUCCUCCUUCCCCUCCCAAAUCUUCUACUGCUCAUCAAUCACCCCCACCUAAAAUCUCUACACCCAGAUCCCCCUCACCCCCCAAAUCACCUACAAAAUCCCCAUCCCCACUCAAACAUAAAACCCCUUCACCUCAGAAAACCUCCUCUCCUCCACCACCCCUAUCAGAAAUCCAACUCCACAGGAGACCAAAUCAAAGUCUCCAUCACCUUGCAAACAACCUACACCUCCCAGAAACCGCUCACCCUCACCUCCACCCUCCCCUAAACCUCUGAAAUCCUUCACCCCUCAGAGAUGCUCUCAUCAGAGAUUCCCUAUUCAUCAGAACUCUCCCCAUCAGAAAACCCCCUCUCACCAGAACUCACCCCCUCAACAGAAACCCAUGUCCAAAACUAGAGCUGCCACACCCCAAAUCUCUCCUCAACUCUCUGUAGCCUCAACACCCAAGAGAAAGAUUCCCAUCCGCAUACUCUCCUCAGAUGCCGACAAUGAUGGAUUCCUCACAUCUUCUCUUGCGGCUGAUUUCACAUCCAAAAGGAGGAAGACACCUCCUAGAGUUCAUUCUAUUGAACCCACUGGCAACAAUACUCCAUUCCCUAAGGGAAGAGGUUUGGAGAUGCCAGGGUUUGCUCCAGAAGAGCCUCAGAUAAACUUCAACCAGUUUGUGCAAUCUGCAGAAGAGUUUGGUGGCCAGAUGCUGGAUAACAUGAACAAGCUUAUAGUCAUACAUGACCAGCAUUAUGAACAUCUGACUCACACCAACAUCAAUCUCAACCAGGGCUUACAGCAGCUAUCAGAAAAGCUUGACACUCUGACAGAGUCCCUGCACGCAUUCAUGAACUCAUCCAAUAAAAAGAUUGAUGUAGUGUCCAGGGAAGUAGAUGGAAUCAACUCUGUCCUCUACUUUACUCCCAAUCUCUAAAUAAUCAGAACGAGACACUGAAGGAGAUAACUGAAGCCUUAGAAGUUCUACAAUGGAAUGCUGAUCAGUCUUCAGAGCGCUUUAUGGAGAUAAGAACUCUUUGUACAGAACACAAAGCGCAAGUCUUAGAUCUUCUUCAAAAGGACAAGGAGCGUUACCAGAAGUUGGUACUCCUUGAAGCCAGUACUCAAAGAAUCCAAUAAACCAUGGAGAGACAACAGAGCCUGAUUGAAGGACUAGCCUCUGUUACCCAAACUCUGCCAGAUGCUCUAGAUGAGAUCAGAGAUGCUCAGGCGUCAGAGUUCUCUAAGAUUGAGCUCCUCCUUAGCGAUCUUGUUGAUGCCAAAAGGGAGAAGAGACCAGAGAAGAUGAAGGUCCAAGCUCCAGAGCCAUAUCUAUCAGAUGACCCUCAUCUACUGUUGAUCCUGCUCCUUACUUCGAAGCUGCAAAGAAGAAAAAGUUAGCUACUGCAGGCACCAGACCUCCUCCUCCACCUCCCAGAAGCUCAAAGAAGAAGUCCUCAAACUUUACUUUUAAUGAGUGGAUGAAGAGUGGGAUGUCUAGGCCUGACAUAGCUCAAUAUACUCAGAUGAAGAAGCUUAUGACUCCACUACAACAAGAAAAUCUGUUUAUGGACAGUGAUGGACUUGUCCAAAUCAACCAUGGUGGAUCAAUACAAGAAGCUGAAAUAUGGUGGCAGAUGAGAGUUCUAUCUGGCAAAAACAUAUCAGAAGCAAUCCGGAACUACUUGGAUUGCAAGCUUGCACCUCACUGGGCAGACUAUCAGAAUCCAAGGGACUUAGCCUCAAUCAGAGCUAAGGUCAAUGCAGAACUUGAGAGGAUUGACAAAGCAGGACCUCAGGUAUUAUGUGUACGGCGACGAGGAGAGUGAUACGGAGCUGUGGCCGAGGAUGACCACCACGUUUGAGGAGGCCGAUGGCCCGGAUUUGGGUGUGUCGGCUGACGCUGAUGACUUCGUUAUGGAUCACAGAUCCAUCAUGGCCCUAGCCAAAGCUAAGGCAAAGGAGGAAAUAGCCGCCAAAGAGGCCGCAAAGAUGGCCGCUGCUGUGACACCCUAAAAAAAAUGAUGAUUAAAAUAAAGUAUAGUGAAAUAAAAUAAAACAAAUAUAAAUUAUUUGAUAGGAGUAAAUUAUCACAUAACGCAAAAAAAAAAAUGAAAGAAGCCCAAACUAAAUUAAUAAUCUUAUGGAGUAACCAUCAUCGUGUAAUUCAAUUACUCAAGACAUAGACCCAUAUUGAUGAUGAUGAUCAUAGAUGAUGUGUAUGAUCAUAAAUAAAAUAAAAUAAAAAGAAUAAAAUAAAAAUAAAAAGAAUAACUUGACUAGGAUCGCGGUGAGGAUUGUGUGAUUUAUUUUCUCUACAUGUUUUGUUUAUAUGUGUGCAUUUGCAAUUAUCUCUGUGUGGACUCAUAAGUGAAAAGGGAACUCCAAAUAGUGGAGAAAUGUGGAGAAAAGCCUAAAAGGGCGAAUUCAUGGCUAAGGUAUGUAAGUCCUUUUAUGUGUAGUAUUUAUGAGGUCUUUGAAAUGUGGAAUCAAUAUGUGAAAGCCUUAUUAUAUGCUUAUAUAUCCUUGCGGAAUCCUUUGAAUAGGAUAACUAGGGACCAUUUUAGAAAAAAAAAUCGUGUACUAAUAGUAAAUAUUUAUUCUUUCAUGGAGACAUUAUGCCACCAAGACGUGACCCGAAUGUUGUACCAACUAAUGCGGAGUUGGCCCAAACUGUUCACCUGCUUACUCAACUCACUCACACUAUUGCGAAUGCGGUACUUCAAAAUAACCAGCCACGUAAUAACAGCAAUGACAUGGAAACCCGUGUAGCGACGCGAAAUCCACCGAGCUUCCUUGGGCAAGAGGACCCAAUCAUUCUUGAGAAUUGGAUACGCACCUUUGACAAGCUGUUUGAUGCGAUCAAUUGCCCAGCAGAAGAACGAGUUGACAUUGCUGUAUAUUACCUGCAUGAAGAAGCAGACAAAUGGUGGGUUAAUGUGGGACUAGGAUUGCGCGCACAACCGGACUUCACUUGGGAACGGUUCAAGCAAGCACUGCGAAAGAGGUUUUACCCGCCACACGUGCAGGCAGAAAAUUAUGACAAAUUCCUGCAUCUGAAACAAGGAGAAAUGACGGUGCAAGAGUAUCACACUAAAUUUGUCUCACUGGCGGAAUUUGCAUCAUCACUAGUGCCCGAUGAGGAAAGCAAGAUCGAGAAGUUCAUCAGGGGUCUUAAUUAUGACACACAGAAGGCCUUGAGUGUGCAAGCAUGCCAAACAUUGGAUGAUGCCUAUUAUAGAGCUGCGAAACACUAUCGGGUUAUUCAACUCCAACGGGAAGCCCAUAAGAAAAUCCGAAAGAAUGAGGAGGAGAAUAAAGAAAGGGAGAAGAGACCCAAAACUCAUCAUCAGGAACAACAACCCCCGUGGAAGAGGGACAAUCAGCCACAAGAGGGAAGGAAAUUCCCCGGGCAAGGCCCGAGGCAUGACCACCGGAACAUGAAGAGUGACAGGCAUUAUUACUGUCAAAAGUGCAAGAGGGAUCAUCCAGGUGUUGACUGCGACGGCAGAGUGGUGAAUUGUUUCACUUGUGGGAAGAUGGGACAUCGUGCAUUCGAGUGCCGGAGUGGAUCGGGGGCGGGGUCCCAAGGCCAAGGGAUUAAUCGAGGAGGUGGAAACCAAGGUUGGAACCACCCUAAAGCUGGAGCAAAUCGCGACAACAAUAACCGUGGGAAUCAAGGCGGGGACGCCAACCGAGCCCAGAAUCAAAACCAAGGUGGGGGAAACAACAACAAAAAUAACGCCCCUAACCAGGGUCGCAUAUAUGUGAUGAAUCAAGCACAAGCCCGGGCUCAUGAUGUGGUUGCAGGUAUCAUUAAUGUUAACAAUACUCCUGCUUAUGUACUGUUCGAUUCUGGUGCUUCACAUAGCUUUAUUUCUUCUAGUUUUGUAAAGAAGUUAAAAAUAGAAUCUACGACUAGUAUAGAAUUGAAUGUAAAAACAGCAGCCAAUAAAGUCGUAGCUUGUAGAGGGGUAUACACAGAUGUACCCAUAGCCAUAGCUGAAGUCAAUCUACCGGGAGAUUUGGUGCAAUUUGACCUCGAAGACAUAGAUGUGGUGCUCGGCAUGGAUUGGCUCGGGAGAUACAAAGCAAAGAUCCUUUGCGGUGAACAAAAAGUGAUCAUGAAGAGCCCUGAUGGUAAGCGAGUGUCAUUCAAAGCUACGACCGACAAGCCCGGAGUCAAGCUAAUGACGAUACAACAAAUGAAGAGAUACGUCCGAAAGGGAUGCGAAGCAUACCUAUGCAUGGUGAAAGAUCUCAACGCUGAGGACAAGGCAAUUGAGCAAAUUUCGGUAGUCAAUGAGUUUCUUGAUGUAUUUCCGGAUGAAAUCCCGGGGAUGCCUCCGGAACGAGAGAUUGAAUUCUCCAUCGAACUGAUGCCUGGAACCACCCCUAUUUCCAAGGCACCAUAUCGGAUGGCUCCGAAAGAGAUGCAAGAACUAAAGGAGCAACUUGAGGAACUACUCGAGAAAGGUUACAUCAAACCGAGUGUCUCACCCUGGGGCGCUCCGGUUCUUUUUGUGAAGAAGAAGGAUGGAAGCUUGAGAUUGUGCAUCGACUAUCGAGAGCUAAACCGUGUCACUGUCAAGAAUAAGUACCCUUUACCCCGCAUUGACGACUUAUUUGAUCAGCUGAAGGGUGCGGGUGUAUUCUCCAAGAUAGAUCUUCGAUCUGGUUACCAUCAGGUGAGAAUAGCGGAGAAGGAUAUACCCAAAACCGCAUUCCGCACGAGGUAUGGGCAUUAUGAGUUCACUGUAAUGCCGUUUGGUCUGACCAACGCACCAGCGGUGUUCAUGGAUUUAAUGAAUCGUGUAUUUCGCCCCUAUCUCGAUGCAUUUGUGGUGGUGUUCAUUGACGACAUACUUGUAUACUCCAAGAGUCCAAAAGACCACGAAGAGCAUUUGAGGAUUGUGCUGCAAACUUUGAGAGAGAACCAACUUUAUGCUAAAUUCUCAAAGUGUGAUUUCUGGAGGGACCGAGUUGCAUUUCUCGGUCACAUCAUUACUAAGGAGGGAGUUUCUGUGGACCCGUCGAAGAUUGAGGCAAUAACCGAGUGGCGUGCACCUACCACAGUGACAGAAGUAAGAAGCUUUCUUGGGUUAGCGGGUUACUAUCGGAGAUUUGUCAAAGAUUUCUCCAAGAUAGCUAGACCGUUGACCAAUUUGAUGAAGAAAACCACGAGGUUUCAAUGGAGUGAAGACUGUGAGAUGGCAUUUCAAGAGUUGAAAAAGAGAUUGACGACUGCACCAGUUUUGACACUUCCAUCGGGAACUGAAGGGUUUGAAAUCUACUGUGAUGCGUCCAAAAAUGGUUUGGGCUGUGUACUCAUGCAGAACAGGAAGGUAGUAGCUUAUGCAUCCCGACAGUUGAAGGUGCAUGAAGUUAACUAUCCGACCCAUGACUUAGAGUUAGCCGCAGUUGUAUUUGCUUUGAAAAUAUGGAGGCAUUACUUGUACGGUCCGCCGUGCAAAAUAUUCACAGAUCAUAAGAGCCUCAAGUACAUAUUCACGCAAAAAGAACUCAACAUGAGGCAAAGAAGAUGGCUAGAGCUUGUCAAGGACUAUGACCUGGAGAUCCAAUAUCAUGAGGGAAAAGCUAAUGUCGUAGCGGAUGCCUUGAGUCGGAAGACAGAGCACACGAGCCGCGCAGCGUGGAUACUACCAGAAGAGCUGUACCAAGAGUUUCAGAAGCUAAAUUUGGAGGUCAAGGAGCACGGUGAAGUAGAGGGUGAGAUCCGGUUAUACACUAUGACCAUUUUACCUUCUAUCUUCGAUGAGAUAAAAGUCGGUCAACCGGGAGAUGUCAAAUUGGAACGAGUCAAAGAAGGAAUGAAAGAUGGGGUCAACGGACCAUUUCAACUACACGAAGACGGGAGUAUCCGUUAUAAGGGGAGGUGGUGUGUCCCUAUGAAAUGUGAGCAUAUCAAAAGACAAAUCAUGGAAGAAGGACACAACACACCCUAUUCGGUACACCCGGGAGGAGAUAAACUAUACAAGGAUCUGAAGAAGAACUUUUGGUGGCCGAAGAUGAAAAAGGAAGUGGCUGAGUUUGUGUCAAGAUGCCUGAACUGUCAGAAGGUGAAAGCUGAAAGAUGCAAGCCCAAAGGACUUGUGCAAUCCUUGGAGGUACCAACAUGGAAAUGGGACUCAAUUUCGAUGGACUUUGUAGGAGGUUUACCCUUAACGAAGUCCGGGAAAGAUAAGAUUUGGGUGAUCGUGGAUAGAUUGACCAAGACUGCUAGGUUCAUUCCCAUGAAUGAGACCUGGAGUAUGGAUAAAUUGGCAAGAGCUUACAUCAAGCAUGUGGUCAAAUAUCACGGUGUACCACGAGACAUUGUGUCUGACCGAGAUUCCCGAUUCCUAUCACAAUUUUGGAAGGAAUUACAAGCCGCUAUGGGGACUAAACUGAAGCUAAGUACUGCAUUUCACCCGACUACGGAUGGUCAGACUGAGAGGACUAUUCAGACGCUUGAAGAUAUGCUGAGAGCAUGCGUGCUGGACUUGCAGGGAUCAUGGGACGAGCACUUAGACCUUAUAGAGUUCUCGUAUAAUAAUAGUUAUCACGCAAGUAUUAAGAUGGCUCCGUAUGAGGCGCUUUACGGUCAAAAGUGUAGAAGCCCAUUAUGUUGGGGCGAUAUGGUGGAUAAGGUCGUUCUAGGGCCACAAUACUUGCAAGAUACAAUGGAAAAAGUCAAAAUCAUUCAGGCGAGGAUGAAAGCAGCGCAAGACCGCCAGAAAUCGUAUGCAGACUUGGGACGGAAACCAGCUGAGUUUGAGGUAGGAGAGAAAAUACUACUCAAAGUAUCUCCUACUAAGGGCGUCAUGCGAUUUGGGAAGAAGGGUAAACUAAGCCCUAGAUUCAUCGGUCCUUACGAUGUUCUGGAGAGGGUGGGAAGAGUGGCCUACAGAUUGGCUCUACCCACCGAAUUGAGCAAGGUAAGACACGGUUUGAAUCCUUUUCUACAUUCCUACAAAAUUGAAUUACCAACUAACGAUACUUUGACAUGUACAAGGUACACGACGUAUUCCAUGUAUCCCAGCUAAAGAAGUACGUCCAUGAUGGGUCACAUAUAAUUAAUCCCGAGGUAAAAUCCUUACUUUUGGGGUAGUUAAGAGGCAUACCUAUCGAUUAACACUUUACACUAUCAGGUGAUCGAGGUGGAUGAGACUCUCACUUACGAAGAGAAGCCCGUGAAGAUCCUAGACACUAAGACACGUGAGACUAGCAGGAAGACCGUUCACUUGGUCAAAGUUUUGUGGUCAAACCACCUAUCUGAAAAUGCCACAUGGGAAUUGGAGGACGAUAUGCGUAGGCAAUACCCAGAACUUUUCAUUUGAGGUAAAUUCUUGGUUACGAGGACGUAACCUCUUUUUUUUAGGGGGUAGAUUAUAAUACCCCGUAUAAAUAUUUUUUUUCUUAGCUUAUGCUUCGAGGACGAAGCAUUCUUUAAGAGGGAUAGAAUGUGACACCCUAAAAAAAAUGAUGAUUAAAAUAAAGUAUAGUGAAAUAAAAUAAAACAAAUAUAAAUUAUUUGAUAGGAGUAAAUUAUCACAUAACGCAAAAAAAAAAUGAAAGAAGCCCAAACUAAAUUAAUAAUCUUAUGGAGUAACCAUCAUCGUGUAAUUCAAUUACUCAAGACAUAGACCCAUAUUGAUGAUGAUGAUCAUAGAUGAUGUGUAUGGUGCAUACCAUAUUACUAUACACCCAUAUGAAAUACACUCAUGUAUAUAACACACUUGCACACCUGCAAACACAUCAUUACUACAUAUACAUGGGCGCACACAUCGUUAUUACUGAUACGUUACUGCGUAGUAAUAAGUAAUAACAACAAUAUUUGGCCAACAAUAGAAACGGACGAACGUUGGUUUAUUUGUGGCAUCGAACAGUCCGAGACGCUAGAAUCAUCAUCGUAAAUUAUAUAAACCAGCAUACACACAUACACCAAAACCUUCAUACGUUAUUACAACAAUAGAAACGUAAAGCGAGGAAAGUGAGGUCUGCGAGUGAAAGGGAGGCGGACGAGGUCGCUGGUAGGAAAGACGGGUGCCGGAGUGCAGUAACCUUGUCGCCGGAGAAGAAGAUGUUGUCGCCGGACCAAACUACCACAAUCGCCAUUGUUCCUCAGACACCGUCGCUUGCCGCCGUCACGUCGGAGGUUGGAGUCGAGGUUUCAUUGUCAGUUGUGUUGCCGGACUGUGUGAACGGCAAAGAAGAAAGCUACAGUACCAAGGUGAUUUGAGUGAAGAACAAGGUAGAGGAUUUUACUAGAAGUUCUUGGAACUUGAGAUGAUUAUCCUUUGGAUGAUAAUAUGCAUGCUUGAGUUCUUGAGGGCGCUAUGUAGAGACAUCAUCAUUAAUAAGACUUUACUUUACAAACUUUUGGUUUAAGAACAUGUAGUGGACAUCUUUAUUUUUUUAUUUCCCGCACUUUAGAAUAUUUGGACAAGUAUUUUUGGUUAGCCUGUGCACUUAGCUAUGGAUAUGCUAAGUGUGGCGGUAACACACUCAAUUCCCAUUUAUUAUUCCGCUGCAACAUUUGAGUACUUUAAAAUAAAGUUCACUAUUUCUUUUUAAUAAAUUAUUAUUUCAAGUAUUAUUUUGGGUGGGGAAAUUGGGGGUGUUACAGCUGCGAGUGGCGCCCAGCCGAGCUUUGACGCAGCGAAGAAGCCACCCACGCAGCCGAAGAACAAACGGCCCGUGGAUGACGGCCAAAGGAAGCUAACCGAUGCCGGUAUGCAAUCCAAGAAGACGAAGAGGGCUUCCCCUCUGGCCGAUGCUGGUGCCGGUGGUCUGACCAUAUCGGACGAUGAUGUCGGGGGCUCAAAUGCCGUUGCCGUUGUUGAUGCGGUUUCGGUCCCCUCGUCGACGGCUCUGUCCUAGCCGCCGCCUGUCGGCCAGGAGCCCCAUAAACAGAGGGCUGGCAAGGAGCUGGCCGUUGGGACAUACAAACUCGAGGUCGAGUACCCCGUGAAGGAUGGCGUCUUCAACGACGCCGUUGACGGCCAUGAUGUUCUGGCCCAAGCUGUCCCGGUUGAGGAUCAGGCUUACUUGAAGAAGCUAGGCCCCGUCAGGAUCUAUGACGGCGGGAUGGACCUCAUCGUCCAAGGUGCCCUUUAGCUGAUGGAGAGCCAUAAACGGCAAGAGAAAGAGAUUGCCCGCUUAUAGGAAGCCGAGAAAAAGGCUGCCUCGGCCGAGGAGGUCAUGGCCUGCCUGGAUCGGCUCCGGGAAGAGGUGAAGGCCCUGCAGAAGGGUGUCGAUGAGGCCGAUGUGGCCUAUCGGCAGGUGGCGGCCGACAUGGAUGACGCUUUGAGGGCCAGGGAUGAAGCCCUGAGAAUCCGUGAUGAAGCCCUGCUCCGGGCCGAGGACGCCGCGAGGGCUCAGGCUGAAUCUGAGAGGGCCGCUGAGAAGGCAGUUGAUGGCGCUAUUGAGAGAUUCCUGGCCGAGGGCUGGAAGGCCGAAGACCAUCGCCCCUGGUGCUAUGAGGUUAUGGCGAACCGGCUUGAAGACUGGGGCCAGCACUACCGUGCUGGCCAGGAAUACUUUGCCCGUGAAAUGGCUGUUUACUACGACAUGGGCCAGCAGAGGAUGCAACGGUUGAUCUACGGAGGCUGCAUCGGGCUUUCAAGAAGCUGAAACUCACCCAGAAAUGGGCUAAGAAGAACUUGAAGCUCCCGAGGCUGAUGAAAGACCCGGAGGCCGAAGCGAAGCUCCCCCCGUCCGAGAGGCAGGAUCCGGUACUUAGUUCCUCCAUCGGUGAGCCUGAUUGGUCUGAUGAUGAAGCUUUACCCGACACCGUUGUUGUCUCCUCAGCAGCCGAGGCGAGUGGAGGUGCAAGGCCGAAAGAGGGCAACGAAGUUGCUUCUGGGCAAGCCGAUGUGGGGCUGGUUGCUGAUGAAGUCACCCCGAGGAGCUGAUCGGUCGACUUCUCGUUGUGUAGUUUAGCUAGGCAUGUGUUUGUAACGCCUUUUUUUUUGUAAUGGCCGUUGAGCCCUCCUGAUGUAAUGACUUCCCUUAUGAAUGAAAACUAUCCAUCG